AUGGUCCGUCUGCGGGAGAUCCCCAGGACGGCCACCUUUGCCUGGUCUCCUGGGGCUGCAUCACCAUUGAUUGCUACCGGAACCCGGGCGGGUGCCGUCGACGUUGAUUUCUCGAACAAGACAUGCCUUGAGCUUUGGGAUCUAAGUCUGGAUCGUCAAGAUGCCAGCGAAGAGCUACAGCCUGUAGCUAAGAUCGAUACCGACUCUGGUUUUAAUGACCUGGCCUGGGCCGAGUUCGAUGAUACCAAGCGGGGUGUCAUCGCUGGUGGUUUGGAGAAUGGUUCAUUGGAUCUGUGGAACGCCGAUAAGCUGCUCGCUGGCUCUAGUGAUGCCCUGAUCUCGAGAACCACGAAACACUCCGGCGCUAUCAAAGCCCUCCAAUUCAACCCCAAGCACUCCAACCUCCUGGCCACCGGUGGCGCGAAAGGCGAGCUGUUCAUUUCCGAUCUAAACAAUGUCGAGAACCCUUUCCGACUGGGCACGGCUGCGGCUCGCACUGAUGAUAUCGAAUGCUUGGACUGGAAUAAGAAGGUUGCACACAUCCUGGUGACUGGUAGCAGCGCUGGUUUCGUGACCGUCUGGGAUGUCAAGACCAAGAAGGAGAGCCUGACUCUCAACAACAUGGGACGGAAAGCUGUUAGCGCUGUUGCUUGGGACCCUGCAAAGCCUACUAAGCUGAUCACUGCCACGCCUCUCGAGUCAGACCCUCUGAUCUGUGUCUGGGAUCUGCGAAACUCUCAUGCCCCGGAGCGUACCCUCAAGGGCCACGAGUCCGGUGUGCUCUCGCUCUCUUGGUGCGACCAAGACCCCGACCUCAUGCUCUCCUCCGGCAAAGAUAACCGCAACAUUUGCUGGAACCCCCAGACCGGCGAGGCAUACGGCGAAUUCCCCAUUGUUACCAACUGGACCUUCCAGACCCGCUGGAACCCGCACAACCCUAACUUCUUUGCCACCGCUUCCUUUGACGGCCGGAUCUCGAUCCAGACCCUGCAGAACACCAAGGACAACUCCCAAGCUAUCGCCGACCACAACCAGGCUCUGGACGGCGAGGACUUCUUUGCCAAGGCCCAAACACAGCCCCAGGUUUCCAAGUUCUCCCUUCCCAAGCCCCCCAAGUGGCUUGAACGUCCCUGCGGUGCCUCUUUCGGCUUUGGUGGUCGCGUUGUCUCUAUUAGCUUGUCCGAGAAGGGCUCUCGCGCAUCCAAGGUUAGAAUCACUCCGUUCGAGGUUGAUUCAAGCGUGGGCAAUGCUACCGAGAGCUUCGAGACCGCUUUGAAGGAGGGUGAUCUCCAGACUCUCUGCGAGAGUCGCGCUGCUGGCGCUUCGACCGAUGAGGAGAAGGCCGACUGGAAGGUCAUUCAGGCCUUGCUGUCGGAGAACCCCCGCAAGGGCCUGGUGGAGUACCUGGGCUUCCAGGACUCGGUUGACGAAGCGGCUGAUACCCUGUCCAAGCUUGGCCUGGAUAAGAAGGAGGACGAAGAGACCAACGGAGUGGCUGAGAAGCCCAAGUCUAGUGCCAAGAAGCACAAGCGUCUGCAAUCUAUGUUCGACGCAACCCCCGACAGUGACAACUUCUUGACGGAACUGGCCGCGUCAAAGGGUGCUCAGACCAACAACCCCUUCCAGAUCUUCAACGGCUCCGAGAACCCGGCAGAGCAGAAGAUCACCCGCGCCUUGCUUCUCGGUGAGUUCGAGAAGGCGCUUGAUGUGGCCCUCGCCGAGGACCGCAUGUCUGAUGCCUUUAUGAUUGCCAUCUGCGGUGGCCAGAAGUGCAUUGAAAAGGCACAGGAGUACUACUUCUCCAAGCAGACCGGUGGCCCCAACUACAUGCGCCUUUUGGCUUCUAUCGUUGGCAAGAACCUUUGGGAUGUCGUCCAUAAUGCCGACCUUUCCAACUGGAAGGAGGUGAUGGCUGCCCUGUGCACCUUUGCUGAUGAGAAGGAGUUCCCCGACCUCUGCGAGGCUCUCGGUGAUCGCCUUGAGGAGCAGGUUCGUGACUCUGGUGAUAAGACUGCUCGCAAGGAUGCCUCGUUCUGCUUCCUCGCUGGUUCCAAGCUUGAGAAGGUUGUGUCCAUUUGGGUUGAGGAACUUCGUGAGAACGAACAACGAGGAAUUGAGAGUGACACUGAUAACUCCACCUUCUCUAUCCACGUUCGCGCUCUGCAGGGCCUGAUCGAGAAGGUGACCAUCUUCCGCCAGGUCACCAAGUUCCAGGAUGAGGACAAGAACAAGGACUCUGACUGGCGCCUCAGCACCUUGUAUGAGAAGUACAUUGAGUACGCCGAUGUCGUCGCUACCCAUGGACGGCUGCAAGUUGCUCAGAAAUACCUUGACCUUGUGCCUGCGAAGCAUCCCGAGGCCGAGGUGGCUCGCAACCGCAUCAACCUCGCGAUGAGACAGGUCCCCCAGAAAGCGCAGGCCGCUCCCACCACGAAGAGCUUCAAGCCUCUCCCUCAGCAGCCCAACAUCUACCAGCCCCAGCAGACCUUCUCAUCAGUGCCUCCCACCGUUGGUGCGCCGAGCGCUUAUGCGCCCCCCACGGCCGCUGCCGCUGCUCCUGUCCAGCCGCCGGUGAAUGCGUAUGCGCCCCCGACUGCCGCACCAUUGCAGCCUGCCAACCCAUACGCCUCAAUCGGCGGUGCUAGCCGUAGCGGCUACACGCCAGCUGGAUACCAGCCAACUCAGGGUAUGCAAGCGCCUGCCUACGGUCCCCAGUCUACGUUCGGCGGUCAAUCUGCUGGUGCUGGUGUCGUUCCGCCUCCUCCCCGUGCCGGCACCCAGUCGCCGGCUAACACUAUCACCACGUACACCACCGCUACUGGUCUCCCUGCGUGGAACGAUCUGCCAGAGGGCUUUGCUAAGAAGGCUCCUACUCCUCGUCGCGGUACACCUAUCGCUGCUGCGACCAUCAGCUCUCCGUUCCCUAACCAGUCUCCUCCUCUCGCGCAAGGUCCACCUCCCACUGGACCUCAGCGUGCGCCCUCUGUUCCUCCUCCUCCCAAGGCAGGCGCUCCUCCCCGCGUGACGUCGCCUCUUGCAUCGAACGUGCCCGGACCAUCGCCGCCCCCUCCAGUCAACCCUUAUGCUUCUCUGCCCCAAUCUCCUCCCAUGUCGACCAUGUCCCCGCCUGCCUCGAUCCAGCGUGGGCCGUCGCCGUACAAUGCCCCGCCAAGUGUGCCACCACCAACGAACCGGUAUGCCCCUAACCCGGCCGCCCAGGCCCCUGGCCCGCAAUUGCAGGGUCGCCCACCAAUGGCGCCUCCUCCCCAGGGUGGCCCUUCGCCGUACGCUCGCCAGAUGGCGGCACCCCCUCCGGCAGCAAGCCCGUACGCUCCGAGCGGGCCUGCAGCCGUUCAGCCUCCCCCAAUGGCCUCCGCCCCUGUCCCCCCUCCACCCCAGGGAUCCAGGCCCGGCACAGCUCAGUCUCAAAGGGCAGCCCCGCCUCCUCCCGCGACUCCCAAGUACCCCCCUGGUGACCGAUCUCACAUCCCCCCCAACGCAAUGCCCGUCUACGAGAUCCUCUCGUCAGACAUGCAGCGCGUCAAGGCCCGCGCACCCUCGUCUUUCAAGGCACAGGUUGACGAUGCUGAGCGCCGCUUGAACAUCCUCUUUGAUCACCUGAACAAUGAGGAUCUGAUCAAGCCCAACACCGUCGAAGAUCUGGCCAAUCUAGCGCGUGCUAUCCAGUCUAAGGACUAUGAGACUGCUCGUGUCGUCCACCUCGACAUCAUGACUAACCGAACGGAAGAGUGUGGCAACUGGAUGGUUGGUGUCAAGCGCCUCAUUAGCAUGAGCAAGGCCACCCCAUGA